CUUUCUUUCGACUCUUGCUUGCCCUUCCCCAGGCAACCAAAGGCCCCUGUCAUCUCUCCCUCUCCCACUCCCACUCUUUGCGCCGAUGCUUGCUGAUAUCCGCUGCAGCGUCUCGUAUCCACCCUCGGCGCGCAAUUUCCAACUCACGACUUUGAGGUCACGCGCUCGCCCAGACAGACGCGAUUGAGGGCUUGCUCUGCUGUACCCUGCUGCGCCUAGACCUUGCUCACCGUCUCCCAACCUUCAUGAACCCUUGAUCUGCUCCUCAGUCAUCCUCGCUUAGCGAACGAUGAGGGCAGCUCAGAGCUCUGUCAGCCCGUAGCUCUGACACCACCACCAAUCCCGUUUCUCCCGAAUGCUGGAUCCCAGCAUGGCCGACCCUCUGUCCGUCUCUCAACAGGCUGGCCCUUCAAGGCGGAGAAGUGUCACAACUGCUCCUAUGCUGCCUCAAGAAAGUGUGGCCGCUCCGCCUGCGCCAGAUGAGCUGACAACAGAAGCUUUGCAUCAGGCAUUCGUCUCUGGCAUGCCUGCAAGCAAACGGAGAGCUGUGAGACCACCGAUCCAAGCCCAGCUGCCGCCUUCCACCUCGGCCUUGGCAGACCACGCCACCAUCGAGUCCAACAAGCGCAAGGGCGCUGUGCUACAUUUUGCUCCGGAGAAUCGACGUAUCAGGCGCUACGAUUUGCCGGAAGGGUACAACGAUGAGGAAGUGUAUCGGGGUCUUGAUGAUUACGUGAAUGCUUCUCGCGCCCGAAGAAGGGCCGCACGACGCAGUGGAAGACGCAUGGAGGGCCCCUCUCGGCGCAGAAGAAGUCGGAACAGAAGCCGAGCUAGCAGUGCAGACUCCGAUAGCAAUAGCAGUAGCAACAGCAGCUCGUCCAGCUCAAGCAGUAGCAGUUCCAGCAGCGGGAGCAGCUCAAGCAGCUCGUCGAACAGCGAGAGGGAUGGUCGACUCACUCUCGCUCGUCUGCGAGCCUUCUUUGGUGAUGACAGUAGUAGCAGUAGCAGCAGCAGUAGUAAUAGUAGUAGUAGCAGCAGCAGCAGUGAUGGCAGUGAUGGAAGCAGCACUUCUUCUUCCAGCAGCACCAGCUCAACCAGCUCAUCAAGCAGCGCUGGCUCACGGCGCUCCAGACACUCCACACUUCAUCGAGGCGAGUCCAGUGGACGUGCAAGCCCAUCUGCUCAGAGCGACUCCUCGAGCCGCAGCCGGUCAAGCAAUCGAUCGAGGCGAAGCGCAGCUAGCGCUUCCAGCGCUGCAAGCCGCCACACCAGUCGCUCCUUCCACAGUCAGAUUUCGGCGACGUCGGGACCGCUGGCGCGUUUUCGAAGAAGGCAGCGGAAGCCAAGCAUAUCUGUGUCUAUAAGAGGUGGUUCACCGCCGCCAGGCACCCCGAGAACCCCAGCUUUACAUCCGAUAGCUGCCAUGAGGGCGGUCAACACACGUAGAGCCGAGCGAGCUGCAAGACGUAGGCGGCGUCAGCUCCGGAAAGAGAGGCAGAGGGACGCCAAGAAGCUCGGCGCCGCCUCUCGAGCCGCUCGGAGAAAGGCUAGGGCUGCAAAGGAGAAAGCUGGCGGCGUCACCCACUACUCGCUCUACACUCCAGUACCACUGACGGAGGGUGCUCUGACCGAUAUGGAGGGCGAGGAUAUUGCAGCGAGCAAGAUAUUCAAUACUUUGAGGCGGGAUGGCAUCACACAGCGACUGCACGCGCUCAGGAGGUGGAGGCGUCAAGCAGAUGGUCGUGAAGGCGAUCUGGGCAGGCCCGAGUUGACACGACACCAUCGUCAUUCUCAUCGCACUGAUCAACGUAGCGCGAUGCGGCAAGAAGGAGCAUCGCGCCCACGCCAUCGACGUCGCGCUGCAUUUGCUCCGACAGAAACACAAGAAGAAUCCGAUGCGGCGCAGUAUGUCGACACUGCAGAACAUAAUGAGGAAGGCGACUUGGCGCUGCAGUUGACACUCCCUGAUCAAGGUGGAUCUAGUUCCAGUGCCCAGAGCGCAGCACAGCCAGCCGUCAGGUCAGCGUCGCAGAGCGGCGACAACGCUCAGAAAAGUUCGUCGGGUAGCAUACACUCUGAUCGAAGCCGCGGGCCAAAAAGUCCUCACGUCCGUCUGCAGUCGAGCCAGUCCAACCCACAUCGAGCUAGACGACGUCAUGCUACCGACGAGAGACACACAGGUUGGCAUAUGAGUGACGUGCCGUUGACACCUCACACUGCACUGACAAGCGAGUUUGCGAGAGGAUUUGAGGCGGAGGAUCCGGGGGGAUGGGAGCCGCUUCCCGAGGCUGCUCUACCUUUGGAAGAGUCUCCACCUGCUGCCAUCGAUGUGCAGGGACGGGCGAGUGGUGAAGAAAGCAGCACAACGCAAAUAGGAGAAGGGUCGGCUGGGAAGCAGCCAAGUCCCAAAGGGGCCAGCCCUCCCUCGCACUCACUGAAGCGUCACGCCGCAUGGUGGCUGGACAUCGACUGUCCUACUUACCUUGACAUGACAGAAUUGAGCAAGAUGUUCCCGCUUCACCCCCUUACUGUGGAGGACAUACUGCAAGAAGAACAGCGAGAGAAGAUCGAAUCGUUCGAGACGUUAGGCUAUUACUUUGUCGUCUUGCGCACCGUCGAUGAGCGAUACUUUCGGUAUACGACCGGCAGCGAGGCUUCGCUAAGCAGUCGCACGCUUGCCGGUGACAAGGCGCAGAGCAGCUCGAGCGAGUCGACCCCACUCAAUGCCUUCGCAAGUAACGUGGUCAAAGGCGGAAAGCAAACCGACGCGUCGCCCAGCGAAUCCAUCGAGAUGCAGGAGCUCAAAGGUGACUCUGCAAAGGACGCGAGUCCAGCAGUCGGUCAGGCGAAUCAAGAAAAGCUGCCGCAGGGCUUAGUAGCCCAAUCCUCCAGGCCACUGGACGAGUCAGCUGGCUCUUCGCCCGAAGCUUCGCGUCCUCGCGUUGACAUCAUCGAGGGUCUCGACGGCAGACAGGGCCUUGAAGGUGUGAGCGUAGGUGGCACUGCUCUAUAUCUGGUGGUCUUCACGCAUGGAGUCAUCUCGUUUCAUUUUGGUAACGUUCGCAAGCAUGUGGGACGCGUGCAGCGACGACUCCUAGAUGUGGAUCAACCAGCAGAGCUCACCUCUGACUGGAUAGCGCACGGGCUUUACGACUCAUCUGUCGAUACCUUCUUUCCCUUGCUUGCGUUUGUUGAGCAAGAGGUGGAGGAAGUAGAGAUGCUGACGAGCGAGCCCUUCCCGAUGAAUCGUCGAGAGCGGAGGGUAGCCCGUCGCAUUGAGGCCAAACGUCGCGCCUCGCUAGUCGCACAAGGCGUUACAGAUGUCGCGCGGCCCAAGUCAAGUCACACCCUCGACCAAUCUGAUUCCUCGGCGCUACCAAGAGCCUAUGAAUCGCAUGUUCGUCGACAGCGAUACGUCCUCCGUGCAUGUCCCCGACUCGUAUUGCCGGACCGAGUGGCAAGGAAUUUGCCAGCCGCCCUGACGGAAAAGAGAGUGCGCGUAUCUCGAAUUCGCUCAGCAGCUUUGCCGUACGGCGCUAUCGAUGAGAGCAAUCUAGCAUCUCGAGAGGAAGCAACGCCGCGCAGUGUAGUUCAACGAAUCUUUCGCCUCAACAAACCCAAGGGCGACCGCAUCACCAAAUUCUUAUCAGAGACGGCGCAGCAGCAAAGCGAGAUGUUGAGGCGCAUCACUUUGGACCGGAAGAUCGUGACUGGUCUGUCUCGCAUUUUGACGCCCAAGAAUGACGUGGUGCGCGGUCUACGCAAACGCCUUGUAGAACUGCGCGGCACCAGUACGACUGCGGCGGCGGAGAUGUCGAUCUACAUGGGCGACGUGCACGACCAUAUCAUCACUCAGCUGGCCCACCUCGCUUCGGCGGAAGCCAGACUUGCAGAAAUUCACACAGCCUAUCUCAACGCCAUCCGAAUCAACAAUACCCAAGUCAGCCACAGCACGGACGAGAUCCUGGUCAUCCUCGUCUCCAUCACAGUCACGAUCAUCAGCAUGCAAGUCAUCCUAGCACUCUUUGGCACCAACGUCACAGUGCCGACGAACACACAUCCAGACAAGCUACAGCCUGGAGAGCAACUCAAGUACGAAGUCCUGGGCGGUGUUCUCGGUGGCAUCCUGCUAGUACCGCCUACCAUCAUACUCUAUGUGCGCUACCUGAAACGGACCGCCCGUCGACGCACUGCCGAGCGGCGCAAGAUGCGAUGAUACACCGGACCGCCGUGGUCCCACACUUGCCGCGGAAUCUCUUUCGAUUAAUUUCCCUCUCUGUUGAUUUGCAGCUGCGGAUCGCAAAACUUACGGGUGAUGCUCAUCUUCCGCGCGAUCGUCGAGCCGUCUCGAAGUGUCCUUGCAAAUGACACACAUGCUCUCUUUGCUCCGCGUGUACUCUAGCAUCAGCCCUGCAAUUGCACAUUCGUAUCUGCUUCGAAAUGCUGGAGCGCUUAGCCGGGCUUCGCCCCUUCCGAACAACCAUCGCUUGCAUGGACGGGAUUUCG